AUGGGCGCUGCAGGCAGGCAGAGCCCCUCGUGCCUGCUGGUUUCUGCCCGAGGGUCUUGCCUGUUUCUUCUCUUCUACCUGCACUUGGGUGCCUCCUGCCCGCAGCCUUGCUGGUGCCCUGACCACACGGGGACUGUUGCUGUUCACUGCAGUGCAAGGGGCCUACAGGAGAUCCCCAGGGAUGUCCCCACUGAUACCGUGCUCCUCAAGCUCGAUGCCAACAGGAUCUCCCACGUUCCCAAUGGGGCCUUCCAGCACCUGCACCAACUGAGAGAGCUGGACCUGUCUCACAACGCCAUCGAGACCAUCGGCCCUGCCGCCUUCUCGGGCCUGGCUGGGGGCCUGCGGCUGCUGGACCUGUCGCACAACCACCUCCGGAGGAUCCCGAAGGAUGCCCUGGGUAAGCUCAGUGCCAAGAUCCGCCUGUCCCACAACCCCCUGCACUGUGAAUGUGCCCUGCAGGAGGCCCUAUGGGAGCUGAAACUGGACCCUGACUCGGUGGAUGAAAUCGCCUGCCACACCUCGGUGCAGGAGGAGUUUGUGGGGAAGCCUCUGAUCCAGGCCCUGGACUCGGGCGUCAGCUUCUGCAGCAUCCACCACAAGACCACCGACGUGGCCAUGCUGGUCACCAUGUUCGGCUGGUUUGCCAUGGUGAUCACCUACAUCGUGUACUAUGUGCGACACAACCAGGAGGAUGCCCGGAGGCACUUGGAAUACCUAAAGUCCCUGCCCAGUGCCCCCGUCUCCAAGGACCCCAUCAACCCGGCACCUUAG